GCCGGCGCCGCGCUCGGCCCCGCUCGGUUCGGAGGCCCCGGGGGCACCGGGCACGGCGGCACCGGGGGCACCGGCACCGACCCCGCGGCGGCCGGGCACGGACAGGCCCCGGGGGAAGCGAAACUGCCCGUGCCGUGCCGUGCCACCGGAGGAGUCCCGGUCCCGGUAGCCCCGGUAGCCCCGGUAGCCCCGGUAGCCCCGGUAGCCCCGGUCGCCCCGGUCCCGGCUCCGCGCUCCCCCGAGGCAGAGAUGGACACCUUCAGCACCAAGAGCUUGGCCCUGCAGGCCCAGAAGAAGCUCUUGAGCAAAAUGGCUUCCAAGACCGUGGCCAACGUCUUCAUUGAUGACACGAGCAGCGAGAUCUUGGAUGAGCUCUACCGGGCCACCAAGGAGUACACCCACAACCGCAAAGAGGCCCAGAAGAUCAUCAAAAACCUCAUCAAGAUCGUGAUGAAGCUGGGCGUGCUGUACCGCAAUGGGCAGUUCAGCCCCGAGGAGCUGCUGGUGAUGGAGCGCUUCCGCAAGAAGGUGCAUACCUUGGCCAUGACAGCCGUCAGCUUCCACCAGAUAGACUUCACCUUUGACCGCAGGGUCAUGUCGGGUGUGCUCACCGAGUGCCGGGACCUGCUGCACCAGGCUGUCAACAGCCACCUGACAGCCAAAUCACACUCCCGCAUCAACCACGUCUUCAAUCACUUUGCGGACUACGAGUUCCUCUCGGCUCUCUAUGGGCCGGCCGAGCCCUACCGCACCCACCUGAAGAGGAUCUGCGAAGGCGUGAACAAGAUGCUGGAGGAGGACAGCAUAUGAAAGGGGAGGACGAGAUAAAAGUGGCCGAGCGGGGCCAUCAGCAGCAGCUGCCAGACUCUACAUCCUGUUACCUGUGAGACCGAGGCUGGGACAUAUUUUGGUGAUUACCAGGCUUUCCGUCCUUUUCUCUCUACUGCUAACUCUCCCAUUUUCUCCUCAUUUACAUAAAAGACUGAACCUCUUGAUUUUGUUUAACCCAUGCCCAGGAUCUGAAAACCUCCCUGUGCUGGGCUGAGUCCUUUGCAGGUGAUCCUGGGCUUCUGGCCUCCCUGGGCUCCUGAUGUACAUUUUUUUUCCUUUGCCCACCAAGUGCUCUUAGCUCAGAGUCCAAGGAACUGGCUGGAACUGGACUCUCCACACUGAACUUGAUUGUAAUCCUCCUAUGGAAAAAAACAAACCAAAGACUCGUGGUGCAUAACACCUGUAAGGUGAAUCUGAGGGGGUGGGCAGCUGCUUGGAUGAACGGUGGUGAUACCCUGAUACCAGGGGGCGCGGAGCUGCAUGGCUGUAUUUUGACAGGGUUUGAGCAGCUCCACGAUAUGGUGGGAGCAAACCAUGCCCCAGGCUUGUGCUGCCCAGCACAGGAAGGCAUCUCUGUGCCUUGCAGGCUGGAAGGGGCUUUGGCCUCCUAAAGACAAGUCCUGGCAAGCAGAAAGAUCCCCCUUGCACUGUCCCCCAGGUCUGCACAGGUCACCCAAGAGGUGUGCAGGGACCUUCUCAACCCAGGCAUGUCUGUUCAUCCAAAACUCGGUUGGAAUCGCCCUCCUGCAGAUGGUGUCACUGUGAUUGCUUAGAUGCCUUCCUCGGUAGUUGUGCAAAGCUGUCCCGAGAAUUUCACACGUUUUACAUGUCCCUGAGUGAGUUAUGAUUGUUAUUUUUUAGCAAACUCUGUAGCCCUGAUGAGUUAUUUAAAUAAACUCACCUGUUUGGC